CCCCGCCGCCGCCCGCGCCGCCGCCGCCAUGGACAUGGGAGCGAUGAACGACCCGGAGAGGCUCUUCUUCUUCGACCUCGCCUGCAAGACCGCCAAGACCGCCUACGACGAGAACCCCCUCGACGCCGACAACCUCACGAGAUGGGGCGGCGCGCUGCUGGAGCUGUCGCAGAUGCAGAACGGACCCGAGGGCCUCAAGUGCCUCGAAGAUGCGGAGUCCAAGCUGGAAGAAGCACUGAGAAUUGAUUCCAACAAGGCUGAUGCACUCUGGUGCUUGGGGAAUGCCCUGACCUCCCGUGGAUUCUUCACUUCAGACUCCAUCCCGGCUAAUGAAUGCUUUGAAAAAGCAACUGGUUGUUUCCAGAAGGCAGUUGAUGUGGAACCAGCAAAUGAGCUCUACAGGAAGUCAUUGGAGCUGUCAUCGAAGGCACCUGAACUGCAUAUGGAGAUCCAUAGGCAAAUCGCAUCUCAAGCUGCACAAGCACCACCCUCGUCCUCAAAUGCAAGGCAAUCGAAGAAAAAGAAGGACAAUGACUUCUGGUAUGAUGUUGGUGGGUGGGCGAUUCUGUGUGUUGGUUUCGCUGCUUGGAUUGCAAUGGCCAAAAACCAACCCCAACCGGCACCCCAGCCACCUCACAUGUGAUUUGGAUCAAUUUGGGAAAGAAGAAACUGCAGAUGGCAUGCCUAUGUUAAAGUGCCUCAGAGACGUGAAUCUUUAGACUUAGCUAAGUUGUGGGGAGGAAAUGGUGUUUCCAUGUUGCUGUUUGGUUAAAUUACAGUCUUCCUUUGCGGCCUUGAUGAGGUUUGUCUUGUCAUGGAUAUAUGCUGCUGGAUGUUUCCUUGCAUGUUUAUCGUAUUUAGCGAAAACCGUUGGUACGUUUUGAUCAUUUUGUCCCUGGCUAUACGGCAUGUAUUCCUCUGAUAAUUGUAAACGACCUUUGAUGGGCACAUGCUUGUGGAACCUGUCAGCAUUUCUAUGGUGCA